AUGCCCCUCCAUAUCCUCGAACUUCGUCUUCCAGGUAGCAGUUCCACUUUCAACUCGGACUCAAACUCGAAAUCGACAUCGGACUCGAAAUCAGGCUCGAAAGCCAAAGCCCGCUCCGUUUCACUCCCUUUUUGCUUCCGCCCAAAAUCUACCUCGGAAUCUCAUACUUCUUGCUCAACGCAGACGUCUGGAUUGAUUCGGGAAUCUAGGGGUACACAGACGGAAUUUGAAGCAGAAGAAGAAGAAGAAUCGGAAUCAGAAUCAGAAUCAGAAUCGGAAGCAGGACAAGGAUCAGAACCACAACCAGAUUCGGAAGCACAACCACUCCUAAACCCCAACACCUACACAUCCUUCACAAACUUCAACAUCAAACCACCCCGUAACAGAGCCUCACCAUCUUGGUAUGUAGUUGUAGGAGGUGUAGUAGCAGCUUUGUUUUUCAGAUGUGGACUUUAUAGAAUUGGGGGAUAG